AAAUAAACCCCACUGUUGUUAUAUAUUAUUAUUUUAUAUCAUUAGUACACAAACACACAUCACGAUAAUUUUAACUGCAAUGAUAACUCACCGGAAACUUACAGGGCUUGUAAUAAAGGAAAUGACAGCCUACCACAAAAAUAAGGUAUUUUCGGCAGUAAAUCCUGAAGAUUUUGUUGAUUUUAUAAAUUAUUGUCACCGGCAGACAUUAUCAAAAAAUAUUUGCAGAAUUCUAUAUCAAAUGGAAUUAGAUGACAGCAGUACGAAUGUUUUUAAUAGUUGGUUGAUUCGAAAAACACCACUACUUUCGGUGGUCUUUCCUGAAUAUAAUGAUGGAUAUAGAGAUCGGAAAUCACUCUAUGAGUAUCCACAAUUAAUAUGUAUAAAUAAUAUGUCGUACUAUACUAAUGUAUCUGCAGGCGAAAGCUCUUCAAAUGAUGAUGAAAAAUGAAAGUAGUAUGCUAUCAACACUAUCAUCUUCUUUAAAACCGGUAAAAAUGCAGAAUAAAAAAAGAAAAAAUGAUACUGAACCAAAAGUUAAAAUGUCUAAGGCUGGAAAGCGAACAGAAUCAAUAAAGACGUACAAGGAUGCCUUAGCUAGUGUAAUUUCGAAAGGAAAUAUUGAAGAUAACGUUUCUAACUCAAUAACAUUGACGGAAGGAAAUUACACGUAUACGAUUCGGUGUCCAGUAGCGCCAAAAUGCGAUGACUACUACGUCAUCCAACAUUAUAAAACUAGUGUUAUAAAGGACAUUCCGUCACUUGAAAGAUGGAAACAUUCUGAAGCUAGUGUGAAGUUGUAUACUAGCAAUAACUAUCCUGCUGAUAACGAAAUAUCGAUCAAAAUAAAUGAACUUAUUCGCACAAUUUUAAAUCGAUGUUCAUCGGAUCCAAAACGGAAGAUUGUAAAAAACAGUAAAAAAUAAAAAUGCAAAUAUAUUAUUAUGUAAAAAUUUUUUAUUGGUAGUAUAAAUUAUGACAUUUAAUAAAAUUAUUAAAAUUGAUAAAAUUAA